GGUAAUAAUGGGCAAAUUCAGUUAUGGCAAUUCUUAUUAGAAUUGUUAACUGAUAAAAAUCAUCGGCAAGCGAUAAAAUGGAUUGGAACUGAGGGCGAUUUUAAGUUGGUUGAUCCUGAAAGGGUGGCCUAUCUUUGGGGACAGAGGAAAAAUAAACCUGCUAUGAAUUACGAAAAAUUAAGUAGGGCACUUAGGUACUAUUAUGACGGUGAUAUGAUUCAUAAAGUACAUGGGAAACGAUUCGUAUAUAAAUUUGUUUGUGAUUUACGUUCACUGAUUGGUUAUUCGGCGGAAACUUUAAGUAAGUUGGUUGGGGAAGGU